ACCCAAAGUAAUUAGGGGAUAUUAGGGCUUUUCAUCUACUCCCUUUCCAUACUUUCUCGCUCUCUACUCCUCUCCGCAUUACCAAAUACCAAGGAAAAGGAGGCAGCAAAAAUGGUUGAGAACAAAGGAAGAAAAGAAGAAGUUGUUACUAGGGAGUACACCAUUAAUCUCCACAAACGUCUUCACGGAUGCACAUUCAAGAAGAAGGCACCCAAAGCCAUCAAGGAAAUCAAGGCUUUCGCUGAGAAGGCAAUGGGCACCAAGGAUGUGAGAGUAGAUGUCAAGCUGAACAAACAAAUCUGGAGCAGGGGUAUUAGGAGUGUUCCAAGGAGGAUCAGAGUUCGCAUUGCACGCAAGAGAAACGACGAUGAGGAUGCCAAGGAGGAGCUCUACUCAUUGGUUACCGUUGCUGAAAUUCCCGCUGAAGGUUUAAAGGGUCUUGGUACUAAAGUUAUUGAAGAUGAAGAUUAAGCGAAACCUUAUUUGACCAGGGAAAUAGGUAGCUUAAAUCCCUUUUUUUUUUGUGUUUUGAUUUUUUGAACAAUUGUAUUUUUGAUGAUGCUUACUGUUUUGAGCUGCUAUCUACUAAUGAAUUAUGAUUCUAUUUUGUUUGCAACAA